AUGUCCAUAGACGCCAAGUGCGGCUUCUUCACGGCCAAGAAGAAACGCAAGGACUUGGAGAUGGUCCACAAGAAACCGAUCGCCAUCUACAACAUAGAGGACAACAUCGACUUCCCCACCGAGUACCACAAGAAGCCCAGGGCCUCCACGUACAAGGUGGCGCCCUCCGACUACGAGGUGGAGGGCAGCUGUGAACUCAUCAAGACUACCUACGAGGUCAUAUCCAAGUACACGCGGGCGAUGUUCGACAAACAGAACGAGACGGUCGUCUAA